GGGCUACCCGCUGGCAGAUAGCGCUGUAGCCUGUCUGUAGCUUUUAAAAAGUUGUAUUUUAUUGAAAUUAUUUUUUUACAUAACUAUAUAGAUUUAGAACUAUGAUUUAGAAAGUGUGGAAAAAUUGGCUAAUUGAUGCUAUAAUUCAUCAGCUUUUACUUUUAGCUGAUGUCACUAGGUACAGGACAGGGUUACAGUCUAAAAUAUCUAACCAUCGCAGUAUAUACUUUACGAUUUUUUGAGAACAAGAUAUGAACGAGGCAAAAGAAACGAAUAUGAAAAGAAAUUAGUAAUGUGAUUUGUAAGUUAAACCUGGUUAAACUUCAGUCGCUGUUGCUUGUAAACAUUCAUCAUUUUCAGUAUUUAAAAGUAUUAUUAUGUCAAAAGUAUUCGUUAUUUCAGGGUGCCGAACGGCAAUAGGUAGUUUUCAGGGUCAGUUUGAAAAGUACCCAGCAUCCGAAUUAGGAACUCUUGUGAUUGCUGAGGCUAUUUCCCGUUCAAAAAUCAAAUCAGAAGAUGUUGAACAAUGUAUUAUGGGCCAGGUACUUACAGCAGGGCAAGGUCAGAACCCCGCCAGACAAGCUGCUAUCAGAGCAAAUAUACCAAACUCAUCACCCGCUUAUACCAUUAACAUGCUUUGCGGAUCUGGAUUAAAAUCAGUAGUUCUUGGUUAUCAAGCCCUUAAAAAUGAGGACUAUAACAUUUUGGUGGUUGGUGGCCAAGAAAGCAUGACUCGCGCUCAACAUUCAACCUAUCUUAGGGGAAACAAGCUUGGUGCUUUAAAUUUAUGUGAUACAUUGUUAAAUGAUGGCCUUACCGAUGCUUUCAAUAAUUUUCAUAUGGGAAAUACAGCUGAACAUCUAGCAAAAACUUAUAAUAUAUCUAGAGCUGACCAAGAUGCAUUUUCUGUCAAGUCACAGAACAAAGCCGAAAUUGCCAUUAAAAAUGGUUAUUUUGAUGAAGAAAUUGUUGGUGUUCUAGAUAAGCGUACAAAAAAAUCAAUUGACAAAGAUGAAUUUCCUAAACAGGAUUGUAAUCUAGAAAAACUAGCAAAAUUAAGACCAGUUUUUGAAGCAAAUGGAACAGUAACAGCAGGUAAUGCUUCCGGAAUCAAUGACGGUGCUGCGGCUGUGGUACUGGCUAAUGAACACAGUGUAAAAGAAAAACAAUUAAAACCUCUUGCUGAAAUAAUUGCAUUUGCUGAAGUGGGUGUAGAUCCGGUCUGUAUGGGUUUAGGCCCUAUAAGAGCAAUUUUAAAAGUGCUUGAAAAGGCUGGCUGGACCAAAGAUGAAGUGGACUUGUACGAGCUGAAUGAGGCCUUUGCAGUUCAAAGCAUAAUAUGCCUUAAGGAACUUGGUUUAGAAGAAUCUAAGGUUAAUAUUAGUGGAGGAGCCAUAGCUCUUGGACACCCAAUUGGAGCCUCUGGAACUAGAUGUCUCGUUACAUUAAUUUAUAAUUUACGACGCCUUAAAAAGAAACGAGGAAUUGUAGCUCUCUGCAUAGGUGGGGGCAUGGGUAUUGCCAUGGCCAUUGAAAUUGCUUGAUUUAUUUUUAUUUUAUACAUUGAAACUGUUAUUAUAUUUUUCAAAAAUUAAUUUUUAUUUCUAUAAAUAUUAUAUAAAUGGAGCUUUAAUUGGUCACAAGGUAAGAGGGUGAGAGGUAUAGAAAUGAAAUAAAACUAUUUUAAUAUUUA